AUGAGCAACAUCUGGGUCGCUGCUGGCGAUGGAGACCUCGCCCGCGUGCAGCAUCUCGUAGAAACACAAAGUACGAAUGUCUUGGCUUCUAUGACAUAUCGUCUCAUCGAUGACAUAGGCAUCUCACCCAACCAACCGGAUGCACACACAUACACACCCAUGCAUGCUGCAGCCUCGUAUGGGCACCUACACGUACUUACGUAUCUCAUAUCAAAAGGAGGGGAUGUUAAUGUCACCGACCACGACGGGGACACGCCCCUCUACGCAGUAGAAAACAUCCAAACUGCACGUUUCCUCAUUGAUAACGGAGCUUCACUCCAAAUAACCAACAACGAAGGCAUCUCACCAAUAGAUCAUCUAUCAGAGGACUUUCCCGCCGUAGCGGCAUACCUUCAAACACGUUUACCACCAUCACAGCCCCCUACUUCGAAUCUCCCAUCAUCACCAUCACAAACGGUUUCUCAAUCUUCAUUCCCAUCUCAACACGCGCAGCACGUCGCCUCCGAGUCACUUACCUCAGAGCUGAUUGAGUCAGUUCAGUCCAUUCUCCAACAAGCACAAUCAAACGAUACCAUGGAUACUCCCGAAGUAGACGAAGCGCUGACGGCUGCCGUCACUCGGAGUGUUUUGAGAGGUAUGACUGUUGGGCUCGAGUAUUCCGCACAGCAGCAGCAACAGCAAGCGGGCGAGGAACAAGUCGGUGAAGCAAGAAGUGCAGGCUCGCUUGAUGAAAAUAUGCAAGAUGACGCAAGUGAUACCAAGCGUUCUAAAACGGGUGAAUAA